CCGUCGAUGAAUAAGGCGAUUUAUGCGUUAUCGGAUACACCUGAGUUCUUAUUCGAUGAAGAGCGCACGGUGAAGACGCGAAGCUGGAGUGAAAACCUGACGUACCUGACCGGGGUUGGAUACCUCGGUGGAAGCAUCGCCGGCGGAGGGUGGGGGUUAUACGGGAGCAUGAAAGCCGCACCGGAACCGGCUUUGGACACGUCCAAGUUGCGAUUGAAUAGAAUGCUCAACGCCGUAAGUCAAAGAGGACGAUCGAUGGGGAACACCUUGGGUUGCCUCGGCUUGUAUUACGCCGCUCUCGAAAGCGCCUCGAUGGCGUACUUGGAAAAUCGGCACGAUUCCCUGUGCUCCAUAUUCGCAGGCGGAGGUGCAGGGGCACUUUACAAAAGUAUGAGUGGUCCUCGCGCUGUAGCGGUGUAUGGUGCUGGUGGCGCCCUACUUUCGGGCCUCAACGUGGCGGCGCAGAGUAUCAUCGGGCGAUAA